AUGUCAUCUCCGUGAAGGAAAGUUGAAGGAGUUCUUAAAUCUGCAUUUUUUUUCUAGAGCUAUUAGUGAGUUUUCAGUUCGGUAUUGUAGACUGAACAACUUCACUCGGCGUUGACGGUGGAUUUGAUGGGAAGUUUUGGUCUUUGGGUCUUAGUGAAGAGAUCAAAGAAGUUUUGACUAUUAGGCUAAUCUUCUGAAAAGGGUCAAGAAUCAAAUCCCAGGACAUGGGAUGUCUAUUAUCGACGCCAAGAGAUUCUGGUGGCCACCGAAGAAGGCCAGGAAAUGUGGGGGACGUGGUCGUGUUUGUUCCUGGAAUACGGAUUCCUAAGCCUGUGGACUUUUUCCAGCCACUCAGUGAUAGCUUGUCUAAGAGCUUAGUAGAGCGUCUCUCUGCUCUUAGAACUCGAGUGGUAGUCAUGGCUAGCCAAGAAGCACCAGCAGCAACAAAACCAAGAAGGAAAACAGCUACACAACAUGGAGGUUCAACAUUGGCUGAUCUUCAACAGGCUAUUGAGGAUUACUUGCCAGUGCUGUUAGGCCUAGUCAAAGAUGGAAGCCAGUUACAAAACAAGGUACAAUUUGUUUGGAUUAAUCAAGAAGAUGAGGCAGAGGAAACAGGCAUUUCAAAUGCCUGGUAUGAGGUAUUGUCAGUUUUACACUUGAUGGCCAUGCUAUCCUUAUCACAAGCCAACAUUUUGCUGCUCCCUAAAGCUUCUGCUGAUGGAUAUCAGCCAAAAGUAUCAGAAGCAGAGAGUAGACGCACUUCUAUUGAUAUUUUCUUGAAGGCAGCAGGAUAUUUGGACUGUGCUGUCCGAUAUGUUCUCCCUCAGUUUCCCCCUGAACUCAGGGGAGUUCUUCCAGUAGACCUAUCAGAAGGUGUGCUGCGAACCCUUUGUGUGCAAGCUAUAGGCCAGUGUGUAGAUAUUCAACUUGGGAUGGCAAUUGAUAGUACCAAAGCCACACUAGCAGUGAAACGAAGACUUGCAUGUGAGAUGGUGAAGUAUUGGGAUCAGGCCCAAGCUAACAUUUUGAACCUUUCAUUGGCCAAUGGAUGGGGGGAAAAGCAUAAACUUUUUGUCAAGUGGAAAUACCUCGAAGCAAAGGCUGCAGCAUAUUAUUAUCACGGCUUGAUACUUGAUGAGGGGAACACCGAAAAAUCUCAUGGGAUGGCUGUGGCUGCUCUGCAAGCUGCAGAGGAGUUUCUCAGAGAAAGUAAGAAGGCCUGUGAAGCUUUCAACAUGGCUCCUCCUCUAUCAAGGAGUCCACCUCUUUGGGGAGCAAUGAAGUAUCUUUCCGAAAAGAUUCCAAAGGAUACUUCUAGCAAAGUGCGGAUCAACCGGGACCUCUACAGCAAUGAAAAGGUUAUGGAGACGGCACCACCAUUGCCAGAUUUUGCUUUAGCACUAAAACCCGAUGACUAUCAGCUUCCUCCAGUGGACUCUUCGUGGAAUUAGGAGGUCAAGUUUCAAAUUGCUUUCGACCAGCUCAAGCUUGAGAGAAUGUAAACAAGUUGUGAGAUGCGAGAAUUGUUGAUGAGAUUGAUUGGUCAUUCUCAAGCAUGGGAGGAACCAAGGAGGUGGACAAUUCUUCCAUCCCCAUGUGUGUACUAAAAUCCUUGUCAGAGUUCAUUCUUUCUAUCGUUUUUCCUCUUCUCCUGCGUUUCUGCAAAUAGCUUUAUGUACAAGUUCCUUCUGUUGUGUAAAGAGUUAAUUGGAAACUGGAAAGAAAGAAAAGGGAAAAAAAGGGGGGAACAAAUAAUAAACCAAUUUUCGUUUCCAAUUAAAUAAUAAAAUUUUGUUCAUAAUUCUUAAGA